UGCGCGGACAUCCUCCCUCCGCCUAGCGGUGCGGCCGCCGCGCGACUCGCCGGGAGCCCGGCGCUGCCGGGCCCAGGGGCUGGCAUGGCCUGACCGCCCGCAGCGGCGGCGGCUGCAGCAUGGGGAACCAGGACGCGAAGCCGAAGAGAAGCGCGGGCGAUGUCCCGCAUGGAGGCGGCGGCGGUGAGGACGCCGCUGGGCCCCGCGAGGCCGAGGGCACAAAGAAGGCGGGCGGGGGCAAGAAGGCGCCGGGCCGGCACGGAAAGGGGGGCGGCGGCGCGGAGCCGGGCCGGAAGAAGAGCCGGUCGGACCCCAGGGCCUCGGUGUUCUCCAACCUGCGCAUCCGGAAGACCCUGUCCAAGGGCAGAGGUACUGGCGGCUCUCGUGAGGAUGUGCUGGACCCCCAGGCCCUGCAGGCCGGCGAGCUGGACAGCGCCCACUCUCUGGUUACCAAAACCCCAGACCUCAGCCUCUCAGCCGAUGAGAUGGGCCUGUCGGAUACCGAAUGUGCGGAUCCUUUCGAGGUGACGCGUCCCGGGGGCCCCAGCUUGGCCAGGGUCGGCGGCCCGGCAGUAGCCGAGUAUUCGGAGACCGCGGCGGGGGCGCAGGAUGGACAAAGGACCAGCUCGGGGUCGGACACAGACCUCUACAGUUUUCACUCGGCCGCGGAGCAGGAGGACUUGCUCUCGGACAUCCAGCAGGCGAUCCGCCUCCAGCAACUGCAGCAGCAGUCCCUGGGCCCCGAGUCGCCCCCGGUGUCGCCCCCCUCCACCGCCUCUCUGCCUGAGGCCCUGCCGGGCCUGGACCGACCCCCACCGGGCCCCAGCGCCGAAGCGGCGCUGUGCGCGCCCCCCGACAGGCCCCCGGCCGCAGAGCCGCCCGCAGCCACCGCCUUCGCGUCUCCUGGGUCGGUUCCCGGGGACCGAGGGGCAGCGGACACGGACGAGGAAGGCGAGGAGGACGCCUUCGAGGACGCACCCCGAGACUCUCUGGGGGUGGAGUGCGGCCUGGCGGCGGGAGAGGCCCCGCGCACGCCAGGGGCGACGCGCGAGGAGGGCGCGCCGAAGCCCGUCAUCCCCGUGGCCGCCUCCCCGCCACGCAGUCCAGCUUGCAGCCCGCGUCGCCCCCGGGCCCGCCCGCUCCUGGCGCCCUGUUAUGUCCGGACCACCACCCGGCAGCUCAGCUCGCCAGGGCCCUCCCCGUCUCCGUCCCCCAGCCACAGCCCCCGGGUCCAGAGACGGCCGGAGUCCUCCCUGGGCCGCGGUUCCGGAGCCACCGCGGCCCCCGCCGCUGCCCCGGCUAGGAAGCCCCGCGCGGGCCGCAGCCGCUCGGCAGACUGGACUGCGGAGCUGGGCCGUGCUCCCGGGGCGGGGGUCUCGGCGCACCUGGUGCAGCGCGGGGCAGGCGGCCUCCAGGGUGUGUUCGCAGGGAGAACUCUGCUGGAGAAGCUGUUCAGCCAGCAGGAGAACGGGCCUCCAGAAGAAGCAGAGAAGUUCUGCUCGCGAAUCAUCGCCAUGGGGCUCCUCCUCCCUUUCAGCGACUGCUUCCGGGAACCGUGCGGGCAGAACGCCCAGUCCAGCUCAGUUCCGUUUGAUCAAGAUCAACUUUACACCUGGGCUGCAGUUAGUCAACCCACACACUCACUGGAUUAUAUCGAAGGGCAGUUCCCCAGGAGAGUCCCAGCUGCUUGGCCACCAUCUAAACCUCCUGAUGAAGAACACAAGCCUAAGGAUGCUGACACAGACUCUCAAUCUGCUGUUUUAGAAACUCCGAAAAAAUGUUCAGAUGCUGCUCAGCAGGAAGUGUGCGACAUGAAGUCUGAGGGUCAGGCCACUGUCAUCCAACGGCUGGAGCAGACCAUUGAGGAUCUGAAGACCAAGAUAGCUGAGCUGGAGAAGCAAUACCCCACCCUAGACACGGGUCUGGAAGCCCUCAGGUUGGGCGAAAAGGAUGUUGGAUAUGAAAGGAUAGUACAGGCCAAGUCCAUCCAGACGUCCCCGAUGGAAGAGGGUGGUGUGCUGGCACUUCCUCCUGGGGGGGCCGCACCAGUGGGCCCCCCACCCUUGACCGCACAUGGAGAAUCAGCGGGGCUGCCCUUGCCGUCGGGACCUCAGACCAAGUUCUGCUCAGAAAUCUCUUUGGUCGUGUCUCCAAGGCGAAUAUCAGUUCAGCUUGAUGCACAGCCAUCCCUCCAGCCUCCACCGCCUGCAUCCCUCCCCUGGUCUGACAGUCAAGGACAGGCCAGGUCCCAGCCUUCCCAUCCUCCUCUUCACACUGGGUUAGAAACCAGCCACGAGCACUCUGCUUUCCCCUCCUCUGGAAACGGCUAUGACAUCCCCACUGCACCACCUCUGCCUCCAGAGACCUCCUCUCUGAUGCCUGGCCUGGGCAUGGAGGCUUCCCUAGCACCCCUGACCCCCGGUGCACCUGGGCCUGGACUGCCCAGCCCAGCAGGCCUCUCACCUCCUCCUUCUCUAGGUCCAGAGAUGCUGCCACCCCCUCCUCCACCUUUGCCUGGAGUGGGAAUUCCUCCCGCCCCCCCUCUUCCCGGGAUGGGAAUUCCUCCCGCCCCGCCUCUUCCCACCAUGGGAAUACCACCUCCCCCACAUCUUCCUGGGGUAGGAAUUCCUCCCGCCCCUCCUCUUCCCGGGGUGGGAAUCCCUCCUCCCCCUCCUCUUCCAGGGGUGGGGAUUCCUCCUCCCCCUCCUCUUCCAGGGGUGGGGAUCCCUCCCGCCCCCCCUCUUCCUGGGGUGGGGAUCCCUCCCGCCCCACCUCUUCCUGGGGUGGGGAUCCCUCCUCCCCCUCCUCCCCCUCCUCUUCCCGGGGUGGGAAUUCCCCCCGCCCCCCCUCUUCCCGGGGUGGGGAUCCCUCCUCCCCCUCCUCCCCCUCCUCUUCCCGGGGUGGGAAUUCCCCCCGCCCCCCCUCUUCCCGGGGUGGGGAUCCCUCCCGCCCCCCCUCUUCCCGGGUUGGGGAUCCCUCCCACCCCACCUCUUCCCGGGGUGGGGAUCCCUCCUCCCCCUCCUCUUCCAGGGGUGGGGAUUCCUCCUCCCCCUCCUCUUCCAGGGGUGGGGAUCCCUCCUGCCCCCCCUCUUCCUGGGGUGGGGAUCCCUCCCGCCCCACCUCUUCCCGGGGUGGGGAUCCCUCCUCCCCCUCCUCUUCCAGGGAUGGGGAUUCCUCCUCCCCCUCCUCUUCCAGGGGUGGGGAUCCCUCCUCCCCCUCCUCUUCCAGGGAUGGGGAUUCCUCCUCCCCCUCCUCUUCCAGGGGUGGGGAUCCCUCCUCCCCCUCCUCUUCCAGGGGUGGGAAUACCCCCCACCGCCCCUCCUCCCCCACCUCUUCCCAGUGAAGGAAUACCUCCUGCCCCACCUCCUCCUCCUCCUCCUCCGGGUGUAGGGAUUCCACCUCCUCUAACCCCUCCGCCCCCACCCCCUCCUGGAUCAGGCCUUCCUCUCCCACGACAAGUUGGGAGUAGCACUUUACCAACACCUCAGGUGUGUGGCUUUCUUCCUCCUCCGUUGCCUCUUGGCUUGUUUGGAUUUGGGAUGAACCAGGAAAAAGGGAGUAGGAAGCAGCCAGUAGAGCCUUGUCGGCCGAUGAAGCCUCUAUAUUGGACAAGAAUUCAGCUGCACAGUAGAAGAGACUCCAGUGCUUCACUUAUUUGGGAAAAAAUUGAAGAGCCAUCCAUAGAUUGUCAUGAAUUUGAGGAAUUGUUUUCUAAGUCUACUGUCAAGGAAAGGAAGAAACCCAUUUCUGAUACCAUCACAAAGACCAAGGCUAAGCAAGUUGUCAAGUUACUAAGCAACAAAAGGUCUCAAGCAGUUGGAAUAUUGAUGUCUAGCCUUCACUUAGAUAUGAAAGAUAUACAACAUGCUGUGGUGAACUUGGACAAUUCUGUGGUUGACCUGGAGACCCUUCAAGCUCUCUAUGAGAAUAGAGCACAGUCAGAUGAACUGGAAAAAAUUGAAAAGCAUGGCCGGUCCUCCAAAGACAAGGAGAACGCCAAGUCUCUAGACAAACCUGAGCAGUUCCUUUAUGAACUGUCACUAAUCCCCAACUUUUCAGAGCGAGUCUUUUGCAUCCUGUUUCAGUCCACAUUUUCAGAAAGCAUUUGCUCAAUUCGGCGCAAACUGGAGCUGCUACAGAAGUUGUGUGAGACAUUAAAACAUGGCUCAGGGGUUAUGCAGGUUUUGGGUUUGGUUCUUGCCUUUGGCAACUACAUGAAUGGUGGAAAUAAUACUCGGGGACAGGCAGACGGUUUUGGAUUAGAUAUUCUCCCGAAGCUGAAAGAUGUUAAAAGCAGUGACAAUAGCAGAAGCCUGUUGUCAUAUAUCGUGUCAUAUUAUCUUCGCAAUUUUGAUGAGGACGCUGGGAAAGAACAAUGUGUGUUUCCACUGCCUGAACCCCAGGACCUCUUUCAGGCCUCGCAGAUGAAGUUUGAAGAUUUUCAAAAAGACCUCAGAAAACUCAAGAAAGACCUGAGAGCCUGUGAAGUUGAAGCAGGGAAAGUUUACCAAGUGUCCUCAAAAGAGCACAUCCAGCCUUUCAAAGAAAACAUGGAACAAUUUAUUAUUCAAGCUAAAAUUGACCAAGAAGCAGAGGAGAACUCACUGACAGAGACUCAUAAGUGCUUUUUGGAGACUACAGCCUAUUUCUUCAUGAGACCAAAAAUUGGAGAGAAGGAAGUGUCCCCAAAUGUUUUCUUCGGUAUCUGGCAUGAAUUCAGCUCUGACUUUAAAGACUUUUGGAAGAAAGAAAACAAAGUUAUUCUACAAGAAAGAGUAAAAGAAGCUGAAGAGGUGUGUAGGCAAAAGAAGGGAAAGUCACUCUAUAAAAUAAAACCAAGACAUGACUCUGGAAUUAAAGCAAAAAUAAGCAUGAAAACCUGACCAAUGAAAAGCAGAACAAAAAUAAGUCACUGAAGCCACUUCCACAGAAUUCAGCCGGCCUGAGGGCAGGAAGGAAACUCAUCAUUUUGAUCAUGUUUCUUCUUGGCCUCUUGCAUAAUCUUUAUGUUUUCCAGACAGUUUACUGAUUGUUGAAUUCUACACUGUAUUCAUAUAAAAAUGCAAAAGCAGUAGGCCAGUGGAGAAUGUGACACCUUUUCUUUUUGAAAAAGUUUAUGGUAUUUUACCAAUAGACCAAAACAGCAUGUGUAAGAGGCAGUAUCUGCAUUAAUUCUGAACAUGCUAAACAGUAACCUCCAACUUACUGUUGUGAGAAUAUUCCCUGUCACAGCGAAACACUCUCCUGACGACCAGUACUCCACCUCACUGCAUUUAGAUUUAUGGUUAACAUGUUAUUUCUAGUGACUUGUUUGUAUCAGUUUCACAUCUACAUAAAAAAUUUUCUAUUUUAAAAUUGAGGUACCAUUUAUAUAUGUCAUAGAUAAAGCUUUCCCGGCUCUAGGGUUGGUCUCUGUAACUAUAUAUUUGUGAAAGAAGAUUAUCAUUUUUUUUUAUUCAUCAGACAAUGAAUAGAAAAAAAUAUAGCAAAAGGAAAACCCUUUCUAUACAUCAUUUAAUAUAGGCAGGAAUCAUAAUUUUAAGGUAAAUGAGGGCCUUUAUCAACCAUGUCCUUUAGGACCUACAUAAAGCCAGUCUGCAGCAAAGGUCAAUUAAACCAAAGUUGUGCCUCUCUAACUUUUACCAUUGCCCUUCUCAAAGAAAAUGACACAGUGCUUUUAAAUGAUCCUCAUAAAAUUUCCAAACCUGACAGCUGUUGGCAAAAAAAAAAAAAAAGAGUAACUUUUAGAUGGAUUGAUAUCUACCUAGGACUUGUUCAUUAAACCCACCUGCCUGAGUAUUGUGACUUGAUUGGGGUUUUCUUUAUGUGUUAGGGCAGUUAAUCAAAAGCUAUGAAAUGAGUAUGCAAGAGUUUAUGAUCUAAAGGAGCCUAGGAAAAGAUUUUAUUUUAGUUUGAGAGGGAAAAAGUAUAUCUCCACUCUUUCUCAGAGUAUUUUAAAGUCACUCCUGAAGCAUUGUGAUGGCUUUGUCUAACAUUAAUAGAUUUUUAAAAAUGAUAUGUGUUGGGGUAUGAAUAAAGGGGAGACUGUUGCUAUUGCAAACCAAUUACGGAAGCAACUUAAAAAGAAAAUCUGAAUUGUAACUAUGUUUCUAUUUAUGUAAAAUACUGUCCUGACCUUUCAGUCUGUAGUUGAUGUGCACAGACACAGUAGUAGCUCUCGGGUUGCUGUUCUGCCAUCUUCCUGUCUCCUUCAGUCCCUCCAUGUGUAUAUGAACUUCAAUGAUAUAAUGGGGCAUUUAACAGAGAUUGCUAUGUGCAAUACUGUAUUUAGUGUUUCUAUUUUAAUUUUUCUAGGAUGUUAAUUUAUAUGAAAAUAAAAUGCAUAAUAAAAGA